AUGGCGCCCAAAUUCGUGCCCCGCCAGCGGAAACACAAAGUUCUAGCACGCCGAAAGGCUGCUGAGAAUGCACGCCAUGAGGUUCCUGAGGAUACCAACCAGGUAAUCCUGCCGUCUCAAGAUGACCGGCAGGCGCGCAAGCAGGCGUUGAAGGACGAAUUGCGCCAAGAGGGAGAGAAAAUGUCGGGCAAGAAGGCGAAGCGCUUUGAGAAAUACAUUGAUAACAAGCUCCGCAAAGACGAGACGAGGGAUCUGCUGGCAAAACUAGCAAAGCAGGAGACUGUCGACACAAGCUUACUCAGCAGCAGUCGAGCACUCGGACGAGGAAAGGAAACCAAACGUCAGAGCUUUGCAAGAGCCUUGAAGGAACGAGAGGCCGGUUUGGCGGGGGAUGACGAAGAUGUGCUGUUCGAGAAGAGGAAGGAAAUCGAGGAGGACGAUGCCGAAACCGCUGGAGACAACGAGACAGCUGCAGCUGUUGCGCCAGUCGCUACGAAAGCUGCACCGUUAGCCGAGCCGACAUCAACCUCCGAAACCCAGAUACAAAACCUUGGAACUGGACUCAAACGGCCCCUGGAUGUGGAUGACGAGGGCCGUCCUGUGAUACCCAAGAGACGAAAAAGAGGAGGUGUCAAGUCCAAGGUCUCUACACCCUCAAUCGCAGUGCCUGCGCCCGAAACCGAGACCGACAAUGGCGACGAAUGGACUGGAUUCUCAGUCGAUGAGGCGUCCACGAAGGAGAAGGACAGCGAACGGACUUCCGAAGACGAUGAAGAUGGGUCCGAAGACGAUGCUGGAAGUGAUUCAGAGGGCAGCGAGGAAUCCUCUGAAGACGAUGACGACAAUGACGAGGACGAGCCAAAGGAGUCGAGGUCGUCUGCAUUCAAAGCGUGGGCGACAGCCCAGCGAAACGAGGCACAGGGCUUUAAAGGCAUUGAAGAGAGCACGACGAACAUGGUGAUACCGAAGCCCGACAACUUCACGCCUAGGGCUCCCGAACAGGACCCUUUACCGCAGGAAUUGCAGCCCACCAAGGUCGUUGACCGCAAAACAUAUGCAGUGCCCGUCACGAGAACGCCCGAUAUUCAAGACGCCCGACUCAAGUUACCGGUGGUGGCUGAGGAGCAGCGUCUGAUGGAGGCGAUCUACAACAACCAUAUUGUGGUGAUAUGCGGUGCCACUGGUUCAGGAAAGACCACGCAGGUUCCGCAAUUUCUGUUCGAGGCGGGCUAUGGAUCAGUAGGCUCGGACACCCCAGGCAUGAUUGGCGUCACGCAACCUCGCCGUGUAGCGGCAGUGAGCAUGUCGAAACGUGUCGGCGACGAGCUGGGUGACCAUGGCCACAAAGUGGCGUAUCAGAUCCGAUUCGAGGGUACAACAAACCCGGACACGGCCGUCAAGUUUAUGACGGACGGUGUACUACUUCGUGAAGUGGCAGAAGAUCUUGCGCUGCGCAAGUAUUCGGCCAUCAUUAUUGAUGAAGCGCACGAACGCAGUGUAAACACAGAUAUCCUGAUCGGUAUGCUGAGUCGCGUCAUCAAGUUGCGGACCGAACUUGCGCAGGAGGACCCCAAACUGAAGCCCCUCAAGCUGAUCAUCAUGUCUGCUACUCUACGUGUCGAGGAUUUGACGAUGAAUUCGAGGCUGUUCGAGAAUCCCCCACCUGUCAUUGAGGUGGAAGGACGGCAGCAUCCCGUCACGGUUCACUUUGCUCGGAGAACCACAUCAGAUUACGUGGAGGAAGCGUUUCGCAAAAUUAGCCGCGGUCACAAGAAGCUGCCACCCGGCGGAUUCCUAGUCUUUUUGACCGGGCGCAACGAGAUCACACAGCUCAGCAAACAGCUCAAGGCUGCGUUCGGCGGGUUGAAAACGGCAGAAGCACCCAGAGUGCGACUCACCGCCAGCGAGGCGCCCACUGAGGUGGAGGACAUUGAGUUUGGCGAUGUCGAUGACGGAGACGCCGAUGACAUGGACAGCUUGCCAUCAGAAGACGAGGACGAGGAGGCCGACGAGGAUGAGUUCAAGAUUGAGGACGACCAGGAAGCCGCACCGAUGAAGAUGCAGGUUCUCCCGCUUUAUUCAUUACUUCCGACAAAAGACCAGCUCCGCGUCUUCGAACCGCCCCCAGAGGGCACCCGCCAAAUCAUCUUGGCAACCAAUGUUGCAGAGACAUCGUUGACUAUUCCGGGCACCAGAUACGUCUUUGAUUGCGGCAGAGCCAAGGAGCGCCAGUAUGACCCUGUGACAGGUGUGCAAAGCUUCGAGGUUGGCUGGAUCAGCAAAGCCAGCGCGAGCCAGCGGUCAGGUCGAGCUGGUCGAACAGGGCCCGGCCAUUGCUACAGACUCUACUCGUCGGCUGUAUACGAGCGAGAUUUCCAGCAGUAUGCUGAUCCUGAGCUGCUGCGCAUGCCCCUGGAGGGUGUUGCUCUACAACUCAAGGCCAUGAACCUUACGCAUGUCGUCAACUUCCCGUUCCCCACGCCUCCAGAUCGACGAAUUCUUGCUAGGUCAGAAAAAGUCCUGCAUUACCUAUCUGCUAUCUCGACAACUGGUAGAGUUACAGAAGUUGGCACAGCCAUGUCCGUGUUUCCUCUCGCGCCACGCUUCGCUAGAAUACUCCUCGUCGGCCACAUGCACGGUUGCAUUCACUAUACCAUUGCCAUGGUCGCUGCGCUCUCCGCGCAGGAACUGUUCUUGCCGGACAACCAGGCUGUCCCUGCACUCGCCGAGUCGACGACGGAGUUCAGGUCGAACUCCGACAUCAUCGCCGAGACGAAGCAGGCUGAGAUGCGAAAACGAUUCAACGAGGUGCACAAGAACUUUUGCUACCUAGACGACCGGGCGGAUGCCAUCAAGCUACUGCAGGUCGUUGGCGAGUUUGCCCACGAGCCAUUCGAGGCGUGGUGCGACAAUCACUUUGUGCGGUUUAAGGUCCUCAAGGAAAUCCAGCAGCUUCGACGCCAGAUCACCGACCUCCUCCGGAACAACAUCGACGGGUUCGGCAACCUGCGGUUCGAGGAUAAGCUGGACCCCCCCAUGCCAAAGCAGGUUGCUGCGUUGAAGCAAAUGGCGGCAGCGGGCUUUAUUGAUCAAGUCGCGAUACGCGGCGACCUGGCGCCCACACCACCGGAAACGCACAGGCCGCCUCGCAGGCCGAUAGAUGUGCCGUAUCUGCCUUUGACGCCGUUGGUGGAAGCUGACGAGGCGGAUCGAUGCGUGUAUAUCCACCCUUCGUCGCCCAUGUCGCACCUCAGCGUGCAGGAGUGUCCCCAGUUCAUCGUCUACUCGCACCUACAGAAGGCGACACAGUCUGCCAAUGUAGACAAGAAGCCCAAGACGAGGAUGCACGCCCUCACGGAUAUCACUGGCGGACAACUCUCGGUGUUGGCCAAGGGUACGCCCCUGCUGACGUACGGCAAACCGGUCAAGGAAUUCAAGGCCGAGUUCGACAAGACGGACGGAUUGAUGGUCAGGGAAUGCGCUGUCAUCCCGUAUCUCAGAGCCGAAGGCACGGGUGGUCAAGGAUGGGCACUGCCGAUGAAGAAGGUGAAGCAGAAGAAGAUACCCGGAAAAGGAUGGACGGUGAUAUAA